CUAGAAAGAAGAAAAAGAAAACUAUUGUAAUCAUGGAAAUGGAAUUGGAUACAUCAGCACCGAAAACAGAAACAAUCAACGAAGAAGAAUUCUUCAAAGCUGCUUCAAUCUUCAAAUCUCUUACUGAAAAACAACUUCAAACAAUUCUUUCUCUCCGAAACGAAGAUGGUCGUUCAUUACUUCAUGUCGCAGCUUCUGCUGGACAUGUUGAGGUAGUGAAGAUAUCAUCUGCUGCAGAUCCAUCAGUAAGUGGUGUUAAUAGUACUGAUGAAGAAGGGUGGGCACCAAUUCAUUCUGCUUCUAGUAUUGGCAAUGCUGAAAUUGUGGAAAUCUUGCUUAAAGGAGGAGCUGAUGUCAACAUAAAAAAUAAUGGUGGUCGUACUGCUCUUCACUAUGCUGCAAGCAAGGGAUGGUUAAAAGUAGCAGAUGUCCUAAUUUCUUAUCAUGCAAAGCUUAACCAAAAGGACAAGGUUGGCUGCACGCCGUUGCAUCGAGCAGCAAGCACAGGAAAUUCGAAUGUGUGUGAGCUCUUAAUUGAAGAAGGUGCCGAUAUUGAUGCGGUUGAUAGGGCAGGCCAAACACCUCUUAUGACAGCAGUCAUAUGUGAGAACAAAGAGGUAGCUUUUCUCCUGAUAAGGCAUGAAGCCGAUUUUGACAUCGAAGACAAAGAGGGAUAUACCGUGCUUGGUCGAGCUUCAGAUGAUUUCAGACCACUACUAAUUGAUACUGCCAAAGCCUUCAAUGAAGUUGAAGGUUAAAACUGUACAUUAGUGGAUGGAAUUAGAAGUAAUGUGUUUUUGUUUGUCAAGAAAAUUUUAAGAACUUGAAAAAUUUUAAGAACUCUUCAGUAACUUUCUUGUGUUGUUAAUUUCUUACUUCAAAAACUGUAUGUAUAUAUGCAGUCCAGAUAUUUCCCUUUUCCUAAAAAAAAAAAGAAAAGAAUUUGUUGG